AUGCCGAUAUCUUGGGGCUCUACUGCAACCGUUUGCCGUAAAAUUGCAGCCCGCUGUCUUGGCUUCAAAACCGGUGGUUUCUUCAAAGCUACACCACUUGUAUCCAAACAUUUCAGUCCUUUGGUUACGGGAAAUGUUUCAUUAGGAAUAACAAUAAUAAUGUUAGUGGUACCGGUAAUGGUUUGGAGACUAGCGCCAGCUAACGAUAUUGUUGGAUGGCAGAAAAUAUUCCUGGCAACGGCAGAGACAGCAUCAUGGACAACGGAUGAAUUGGAUCAUACGUGA